AUGUCUAGCAAAAUAGAUAAAGAGGAGGAAGAUGAACGAAAUCAAACAAAGCGAGUUAGAUUUCAUGAAGAAAAGCCUUCAUUAAAAAAGAAAUCUAAAUCAGGAAAAAAAGGUGAUACACUACCUGACGGUACAAAGAUUACGAAGCCAUCUCCUUUAAAUUAUGCACAAAUGGAUGAAGAUGAUGAAACCGGUGAUGGGAUUCCUUCGAAUGAAGCAAAUGAUUAUAGCGACGAAGACGAGGAAGCUUUGCCUUCGGAAGACUCGCUUGAUGUUGCCCUUUCCAACUCAAAAGUUUGGACUUUGCCUUCGGGAAAGAAC